ACACAACCUAAUAGACUGACCACCUCUUACUCGGACGUCUUGCUCUAGGCUACCAAACAGUACACGUUCCUAAUGAUAAAUACCAUCAUGUCAUCUCAUCAAGAGACGUCAAAAGCAACAGAGCAGCACCAACCUGUUCUGAUUACUCCUGAAACCCCAGAUCAUCACAACAGAACCGAUGCCGACUCGGAUCUUUCGCAUUACCUACACUACGAAGACAACAAUUGCUUCUUCCCCCCAAGCUGGCUAGGGAAAGAGCCACAGCGACAGCUCGACGACGAAGCCGUACACCGAUCUAGAGGACGGGAAGGCCGCCUUGACGCUCCUCAUGGUGCCGCACGUUGAUCAGGCUUACUAUCUAGGUGUAAGAGGGAAGGCGUCGUGGUAAUGGGCAUUUAACGAUUCUACCUACCAUGGUUUUUCUCAAGAGUUUACACCGGU